GUAAUGCCUGUGUGUGGCUCUCCAUGUAAACAACCUAACAACACGUCAACACUCGAGGGCCAUUGAUAACUGUCUCUCACUCUUGUCACUCUCGGCUUUAUAAUUCAAGAAAUACAUCACAAAUCUAGAAAAAGAGGCUGAUUCAGAGGCAGUGUCAGCGAGAUGGUUGAGUUACAUAGCUGACAUCUUGACGUGUUUCAUCAGUGACAUCUUUUGGACUUUGAAUAAUUUUUUUCCUCCCCAGACGAAAUUAUUGAAGUAAGAGAAUCAAAAUGGCUCACCAGACAUUCCAACAAGAAUAUAUGCAGAUGCCGCCAGUGACCCGGGCGUACACCACAGCCUGUGUUAUCACGACCAUACUUGUGCAAUUGGACAUUGUUUCACCAUUCCAGCUGUACUUCAACCCCAUCCUCAUUUUGAGACAUUAUCAGUUAUGGAGGCUGGUGACAACAUUCCUCUUCUUCGGGACAAUAGGCUUCAACUUCUUAUUCAACAUGAUAUUCACAUACCGUUACUGCCGCAUGCUGGAGGAGGGCUCUUUUAGGGGGCGCACAGCUGACUUUGUGUUGAUGAUGAUGUUUGGUGGAACAUGUAUGCUGGGCUGUGCCAUGUUCUGCUCCCUACUGUUCCUGGGUCAGGCCUUCACCAUCAUGCUGGUGUAUGUGUGGGCACGACGGAACCCAUUUGUUCGCAUGAAUUUCUUCGGUCUUCUCAAUUUUCAGUGUUUCUUGUGUGUGCAGGCGCCAUAUCUUCCCUGGGUGUUACUGGGCUUCAGUGUUCUUUUGGGAAAUUCCGUCAUUGUCGACUUCGUAGGAAUUGCAGUUGGACACAUAUACUACUUCCUGGAAGAUGUUUUCCCUGCACGAUCUGGAGGCAUCAGGCUUCUGAAAACACCACGCUUCCUUGUCCAACUGUGUGAACCUCGUAAUGAAGACCCGAGCUAUAAUCCCCUGCCAGAGGAACAGCCAGGAGGUUUUGCUUGGGGAGAACAACAGCAACAACAACAACAAGAUCAGCAGCAGCAGGAGCAGUGAAGCCAUUAGCAAUACAGGACUUUGGCUUCAGUUGAGUGUUUUGUUAGGAUGAAAAUACUAAAGAUUGACAGAGCAACGGUAAAUGCUUUCUGUCUGUACACCUAAAAUAAUAUUGCACUGUUAUGUACUUUAUAAAAUAAAUUAAGAACACAAGUGACUUGAACGGCUGACUGUUGUACUUAUGGCAAGAAAUAACAUUGGCUGAAAUCAGAAGAGACAGAGCAAUGGGAAACUUCAGUGUUUUUAUGACAAUAUAAAGUUAAAGAACAUCUGGAAGGGUACUAAUUAGGGCUGCAGUGUACAUUAAGAUAGGCAUCAGAAGAAGGAAAAAAAUGUUAUCUUGAAAGAUAUACCAUAAUUUUAUUAAUGCUUUACAGUACUGUACUUUAUUUAUGGUAAUUUUUUCCUGGGUAAUUUAAUCCAACAGCUUUGUAAUUGAUGGCUCGCUGAGUGUACAGUUGCAGAACACCGCGACCCAGCCAAGCUUUUUCAUACAUGUUCAGAUAAUCAACGAUUUGAUUUGAUGAAAGUUAAAAAAUAUUUUAAGAAAAUUAUUUGUAGCUCAUGUUGUUUAGAAGAAAAUAAAAAGGAAUUGUUUACCAUCCUGGUGUUGGCAUUGUGACUUAUAAGUUGAUACUUAAUAAGUUUAUACUGUAUAUGUUGUUCUCUGGAAGUACAGUUAGUCUGUCAAUGAAUGUUAUCAGUGUGAUAAUUAAAAGAAUUGUUAUAUGGUAUAACCAAGAGGCCAGUUAAUAAGACUAAGUUUGUGACUUAAAGUUUGUCUCAUUUAUUGUGAAGGAGUAAGAGAGAGAGUAAUGUCCAUUACUGACUAUGAUGAGCCACUUGUUAUUGCACCUUUAUAGUUAUCAUGUCAGCUGGUCAGACUAUUUUGAAAGUAUAGGUACAGCAAUAUCUGUGUGUGUGUGUAAUGACCUCCAUGAAGCUAGUUCCUAUGUUAAUAAGGAUGAUUCAUUGAGACUGAACUACAGGAGAUUCAUUAAUUUUGUAUGUUCAUACAGUCUUUCAUACUCUCUCUCUCUCUCAUUCACUUUCUAAUAUGACUUAGUCUCUAAUGAGUUACUGUGAAGACUGUCUGUAUUAUUCAAUUGAAAUUGAUUUAAAGAAGUAUUAUGUCAUGGUUCAGGCAUAACAGUUCAUUACACAGAUAUUAAUGUACUUACAUUUAUGAUCAGAUUUAUGAAGUAAACCUGUUGUGUUCGAGAAUAUCAUUACUUUAGACGCGAUAGUAAGAUUUUUACUUAUUUCUUGUCACAUCAUGUUGGGGUAUAUUGUACUGUACAAGUGUUUAUCUGGGCUGGGAUGUAAACUCAAGAUAGCUAUUGUCAUCCUCGGUGUGUUCUGUGAUCACAUGUUUCACAGUCAGUGGUUCAGCUUUGUAAUAUAUAAUUAAUUAGUGAGAGACAGAAGAUGUGUGCUAGUACUGUACUGUUCAUGUAGUGUUUUACAGUUUACAGUACAACAGUUCUGGUGGUCUGUUUCAGACAUUCUUGUGUAAGGAGACACAUUUAUUUCUUAAAACCUUUCUUGAGUAUAUUUCAGUUUGUGUGAGUGCUCUAGAGAACUCCCUUUAUGCCUCCGCUACCUGUGACUGUGAGUGCUUGCCUCUUGUGUCCAUCUGUCUGUCUAGUUAAAGUUCUUCAUCUAGACGUGGUUGGGCUGUAACUUAUAAAAAUACUGUAUUGUAAUCCACUUUUCAUACCAUUUUGUGUUACUUUAUCCAUUACCUUUGUUUAAAAAAUUUUUCAGGAACAUUUUAAGAAUGUGAGUGUUACUUCAAAGUUCUGAACAGAACUGACUUAUGAUUUAUGUAACCAGAAAAAAUUUAUUGACUAAUCUGAAGCUUUGAUUGAGGAAAAUGACUUGCCGUCAUAAAACAAUAGUGUUGAUUUAUUUAACUAUUAUGUGCACUGCUUUGUCAAGAUGAUGUCAUUUGAAUUUCCUAAGAUAAUACUAGUACUAUAUUGCACUGCCAACUUUGUGCUUCUUGUAACACUGGAGGAAUUAUUCUGUCUCUUCUUAUUCCAAUAUGUAAAAGAAAGUAAUAUAGUUAACCAAUUUACAUUGCUGUUAAUAUGUGAAUAUCACUUAAAAGAUGGCAGUGUGUGUGAGUAUACUGUACUUGCUUUUACAUAAGUAUUGGUGCAAAAGUGUAAGCCGUUUCGAUGUGCUUUUCCGUACCAGUUAUGGAAGAUAUUAAGCGAUUCCCUUUUUCAGGUUUUCACUGAUAUUAGUGUAUUUUGAUCUUGUAAAUGUAAGAAGUACAUUUAAUUUAAAAUGGUUAUGGAUACAUUAUUUUUUCCACAAAUAAUGUGAUGAUGAUUGCAGUUGUUGAGGUUGUUGCAUGUAGAAAAAUAAAGAAGCACAACAUUUA